AUGAGUCUUCUCUGUUUCCUCCUUAUAGGUGUCCUCGCAACACGGGUCGUCGCUGAUUUCGAAGACGAUAUUUCCGCCUACGUCGCCGUCUUCUUUUACUUUGGGUACCUCCAUGAAUGGGGUACCCGCGACGGCAUGAGCACCAUUGGCGGCCCUGACUGUUACGGAUCAACUCGCUGUAACUUCAACUUAUUCCUAGACGCUACCAAUAAUAGUAAGGGGGGUUAUGAUGGAAGCGUCGCCCUCGAUGUAACCGGAAGGCCUAGCGCAAAGAUUCUGGCCGGCCGAUUGCGGAGCGCUGGCCUGACCAAAAAGAUCGACUGGAACCCCUCAAGACUUAUAAACGGUGCGCCAAGGGAUAAGCAGGUGCUCGAAGACUAUGUCACCUACGUCCUUAAUGCCGGCAGUUAG